AUGCAAUCUGCUGUUGAAAAACUUCGUACAUAUCGUGAAGAAAAUUAUCGUUCAUAUGAUGAAAUCGUUCAACUAUGGACAGAAGUUUUAUCUAAACGUAAUUUAUCAUCAUUAGGCGAUGAAAAAUGGUUAAUACUUGAACAAGUAUUUAAAUCUGCUCUACAUUCUUCUCGACGAUCAAUUGCUUAUGAAUGUCUUGAGCAAUUAAUAAAACAAUUUCAAUCAACAAGUCGUCGUAUAUCUAUAUUACAAGGAAUGUAUUACGAAUCAAUAGGUGAAUAUAAUAAAGCUGAAGAAAUAUAUUCAACAUUAUUGAAAGAUAAUGAAACAGAUGGAAUUGUACGUAAAAGACAAAUAAGUAUUUUAAAAGAUCAAAAUAAAAUAAAUGAAGCAAUCAGUGAAUUAAAUUCAUAUUUAGAAGUUUAUCAAGCUGAUCAAGAAGCAUGGAGUGAAUUAUGUGAUCUUUAUUUAUCGGAACAUGAUUAUAAAAAAGCAGCAUUUUGUGCUGAAGAACUUCUUUUAAUAAAUCCACAUAAUCAUUUAAAUCAUCAACGUUAUGCAUCGAUUUGUUAUUCACAAGGUGAUUAUGAAAACGCUCGAACUUAUUAUUUUAGUACAAUUAAAUAUAAUCCAAAUAAUAUACGAGCUUUAUAUGGAAUUAUAUUGACAUCAGCACAUAUAAAAUCAACAACAAAUGUUGAAAAUAAUAAUAUAAUUAUCGAACAGAUACUUAAAAAAUACAAAGAACAAGCAUCUGAUCUUCUUCCAAUUGUUGAAAAGACAUUACAAGAUUUUAUCUGA